GCUAAAAGCUUUUUGUUGUGGCAUUGGAGCCAGAGAGCCAGAGAGGACAUGAGAGACAGGGAAUGGUUAAGAGAGCUGGGGGAGGAAGAAAGAGGGUCCUCCUAGUUGCCAGGGCAACUUGACAUCACAGUGACGAUUUCCUCCAUUUAAAAGCUUUUAACUGGAUCCCUCUCCUGCCCUAGGCCCCAUUUUGAGUCCUCUUUCAGCUAAACUCGGGGGGAAAAGCACAGGCAAAGCAGAGCGGUGUGUGGCUGUUUGCAACCACAUUCCACUGACAACUGCUAGACUGCUAAAAACACCUUAGAGCAGAAAAGGGCUUUCAAACUAAGCCGUUUUGGGGGCCUAUUUUGUUUACCAAACCAAAACAGGAAUAGAGCACUUUCGAGUGGGCUUUCAAAAUGGCCACCGAGGACAGUUUCAGUUACCUCUUCUUGGGCCACAGCGAGAAGCACAGAAGGGCCCGAAACUGGACUGAUGCGGAGAUGAAGGGGCUCCUGUACGUCUGGGAACAGAACGUCGCCGAGCUGAAGAAAUGCAAGAGGAAUACCAAGAUCUAUGAGAAAAUGGCCCAGAGGUUCUUCGAGCUCACGGGAGAACAGCGCCACCGGGAGGAGAUCAAGAUGAAAAUCACCAAUAUGUCUUUCCAGUACAGGCAAGUGAAAAUUAAGUGCACGACCAAUGGGAGUGGAGGUACCCCCGACUGGCCGUACUACCAAGCCAUAGAGAAGAUCCUCACCAAGACUGCCGAUAAUGGGACUAUGAACCCAUUUGAGCUCCAGUCUUCAGGCCCCUCCACCUCCAUGGAGGCCUCGAUUUCCCAUGCGGAGGGCCUCCCCAUGGGCGUCCUUCCGGAGUACACAGGCUCCUCUGAUGAGAUGGAAAUUAGGGAGGACCUGGGUGGAUCGGAGAGCUCUGGCAGUCUGCAUUCCGGGCUUCCCUGUACUGAUUCCCACCCGGCACCGGCCAAGAGGAAAAAAGUACACCAGCACCUCUCCCUGAAGCGGUGGAAGCUGAAGGUGAUGGAGGCAAUGCUGCAGGAGCAGCGGAAGGUGAGCCGGGCGGUGGAGGAGACGUGCCGCGAGGUGCGCCGCGUCAUGCACCAGCAAAACCUCCUCCAGGUGCAGAGCCUACAGCUCCAGGAGCGCAUGAUGAACCUGCUGGAGAAGAUGAUUCAGCCACCCGCUGCCCCCAUACCCACCUGGGGUUCUGCUGCCCAGCCAGGGGUCAAAGAGCCAGGGCAGGGGUGAAGGGUCAAGGGUGAGGGAUCAAGGGGGGUGGGGAUGGUCAAUAUAUGGCUAUUCUAGAAAAAAAAUUAUAUAUGACAAAAUGCUAUAAGGCUAUGCUUGGUGAUCGCUAUGACUAUUCUAGAAAGGACCUGCUAUAUGGCACUUUUUAACAACUGAUUGAUAGUGAAUACUGACUGUAAUUGUCAAUCUCAAUCUCACCCUUAUCCAUAACCUGGACACUUAACCCCCAGAGAGAGGGAAAAGCUUAUCAACUUGCUCAACAGUACUGAGAGAAUAUAGAUGGUUUCGUCCUUUCUAGAAUGGCCAUCUUGUAGUUUCUGUGAGAGAGUGAGAGGUCAGGGGUGAGGGUUCAGAGGUGUACGGCUGAGGCUAGUUCUUAGACAUGUUCCACCAUUCAGAUUUGAAAGAUAUCUACAAGCUAGGAAAAUACGUUUUCAGAUCGACAAAAGACAAUGUAUGUCCACAAAUUCUACAUCUUGAUGACAAAAGGCAUGGGCAUUUGAUGUUGUAUCAAUUAUGUUUUAAUGUCUGUCCUGCUAUGGUUGUUGCAUAUCCCAACUAGCAUAGCCUAAUUGUUUGAAAUGUAUGACUGAAAU